AUGCUGCCAGAACUCCUGACAGACCUGUUUACGCAUAUUCUGGGAGACAGAGCCCCAGCAGACUACGGCAUUGAAAGAGCCCACAGGGCUCUGCGACCCAUGUCCCCGGAGGGACCGCCGAAAGACGUAAUAUACUGCCUGCUCUCUUACGCCUUAAAAGACGACAUCAUGAGAGCGACGCGCAACCAGCAGAACAUCGCCUUUAGAGACGGGCAGGUCUCGCUCUACCAAGACCUCUCCGCGCUCACAUUGGAGGCCAGGAGGGCGCUACGUCCAGUAACCACCAUCCUACGAGAGCGGAGGAUCCCGUACAAAUGGGGCUUCCCCUUCAGCCUGCAGGCGAAGGUGGGCCAGACCUGGCAUAUUAUACGCUGGCCAGCAGAUGUACCACGCUUCAUACGAGCCACUAGUUUACCAGCGGUGACGGUUUCCAACUGGGUCUUGGAGCGACAACCACAACAUCCACGAGCCGCCAGCGACAGGCCGGGCACAGGCCUUACAGGUAGCGGGUUCCGGCGGGGCGGCCCGGACAGCCACGAAGAAUAA